AAACACUUCGCCCUCAAGCACCUGUCCAGUGGGGAUCUGCUGAGGAUGAACAUCCAGAGGAAGACAGAAAUUGGGGUUGUUGCCAAGACGUACAUUGAUCAGGGCCAGCUUGUUCCAGAUGAUGUGAUCACCCGCCUUAUUCUACAUGAGCUAAACAACAUGGUAGAACAUGACUGGCUGCUCGAUGGAUUUCCAAGAACAGUCCCUCAAGCCCAGGCUCUCGAUAAUGCUCAUUAUAUAAACAGUGUCAUUAAUCUGAAUGUGCCAUUUCAGACCAUUAAGGAUCGUCUGACAGCCCGAUGGAUCCAUCCUGGCAGUGGCAGAGUAUACAACACUGAAUUCAAUCCACCCAAG